AUGCCAAAAACGAAGAAAAGUAAAGAAAACCCUCUUGAAGAUUCAAAUGAAGAUACAGAUCUACAAGCUGACAAUUGUGUUUUGCAACAAACCAACGACUCCAACAAGCAGAUAAAUAAAAUAAAUUCCGAUGCUUCUCAUGCUUCAUUAGAUACGGGGAGAGGCGAAGAUAUUGAAAUGAUCGAAACCAACGACAGCGACAGCUCCGAAACGGAGAAUGACCACAGGAAAUUUGAUGGAAACCUAGAAACUAUAGGAAACGAUUUGAGCGAAACCAGUUCUGUUGAUUUGCCAAACGCUAACCCUCCAAUGAAAUUCCGAAUUCUUGUGAACAUUCAACUCGAUCUAUUUACUCUAUUGCAUGCACCUUCAUGUUGGUCUGUUAAGCAACAAGAUUACUUUACUAGUGCAUACCCCUGGAUUAUUUUUUCAAAUGGAAAGAUUGGUUGUCGCCAAUGUAGAAACGUUAACACUCUUGGACUGCAUGCUAAACAACGAAUCCAUAUAAGUAAAGAAUGGAUAGAGUGUACUGUUUUUCCAUGCAAAACGAAGAGUCGUGAAACGUCAGCAGCACAAAAGUACUUACGAAAAAAAUCACCGAGCAUGCAAAAAGUAAUGCACACAUAA